CAUAGCAGAAAACAGAAGGAAGACGAAGUACUUCUCAAAGGCAAUUUCAGAACACAAAAGAAAGAAAGAAAACGUACCCAAAGCGCCUAAACCCAUUUUCAAGCAAUGAAGAAACAGAAGAUGGUUCCAACUUUGAUCCUUCAGCUUUGAGUUUGCAUCCUCUUCCAAACUGAAGCAGCAGCACCCAAUUGGAUCCCAAGGUGUUUUGUUCUACUGAAAUCUCGAACUCUUGAGCUGUGUAUUGUGUGUUUAAUUAGCCGAAGUGUUAAAAUUUGGGUUGGGAACUUGUGGUUUAGAGAGUUGGAGCUCUAAAGUCUGUGUCUUUAGUUGUGUUGUAGCAUUGUGGGGUGGUUGGUCUCUUUUUUUCUUUCUCAAGCUGAGAUUUUGAAGUGAAGUCAGUUGUCUUUUGGGUCGUUCUUGUUCUUGAAAGCUGGAGGCUUUUGGGUUCUUGGGUUUGUGGGUAUCUUUGUUAGUGGUGGUUUUGUUAGAUGAAGGCCAUGCCCCCACCCUUUGAGGAGUUUCAAGGGAAGGGGGUGUUAGAUUUCACUUCUAGUUCUUCAGAUUUGUUGGCUUCACAACCACCACAGGGCCACCAUCAACAGCCACAAAAGUGGAAGAGCAAUUGCUAUGUGGGCAGCACUGAGCCCACUUCUGUUCUCGACACAAGAAGAAGCCCAAGCCCUCCUACAUCCUCUUCAACCACUCUGUCUUCCUCCCACGGCAGCAGCGGCGGCGGGAGUGGGUCUACAGGCACCACCACUGUCACCGGCGUGGCGUCGGCUCCGGCGGAGAACAAGACAUCUGAGGCAGCAGGAGGAGGUCUAGAGGAAGCGAAAUGGGGACAACCACUUGGAAUGGAGGAUUGGGAGAGUGUGCUGUCUGAGUCACCAGGUCAAGAGCAGUCUAUUUUGAGGUUGAUUAUGAGUGACAUUGAAGACCCUUCUCUUGGAUUGAACAAGCUGUUGCAGAGUGGAGGAGGUGGUUCUCAUCAUGAUUUGGGGUUCAACUUUGGGGUGGAGGAUGAAGGUUAUGGCGCCUUUGAGGAACACAACAACAGUGGGAGUUUGAAUUUGGGGAUGAGCAGCAUUGUUGACCCUUCACUACAAGCAACAUCUUGUUCCGAGAUGUCUUUUAAUGGCGCAAAUGCUACUGCUUUUUCGGCAAACAAUAUGUUCCAAGGUGCAAUGCCUCCUGGUUUGUUUCAACAGCAACAACAAUUGGUUGAACCUUUGGAUGAGAAGCCGCAGAUUUUCAAUCCCCAUAUGGGGAUGAAUCAAAACCAAGCUCAAUUUAAUCAAAACCCUGCCAUGUUUAUGCCUCUGACGUAUUCCCAAAUGCAAGAUCAGUAUUUCAUGUCCCCACCUCCGGCGAAAAGGCAUAAUUCCGGUGGCUUUGGACCCAGUUAUCCGGUGCAGCGAAUGCCAUUUCUGAAUCCAAAUCAGGAGCUAUUGGCUCGAGUACAACAGAAACAUCAUCAUCAGCGGCUUCCAAUGCUUCCACAACAUCUCCAGCACAGGCCAUUAAUGUUAGCCACCAAGGAUAAAUUGAUGAAUAAUCUGGAAGGGGAUAAGGAAUUGAUGAACAACCACCAGCUUCAGCAGGCGAUAAUUGACCAGCUUGUCAAUGCAGGAGAGCUGAUCGAAACAGGCAAUUCGUUACUCGCGCAAGGGAUAUUGGCGCGGCUCAAUCACCAGCUCUCUCCUAUUGGUAAGCCUUUUCAGAGGGCUGCUUUCUAUUUCAAGGAGGCCUUGGAUUUACUACUUAACAACUCUCACUCUUCUGCUAAUUUGUCUCCGUUUAGCCUCAUUUACAAGAUUGCUGCAUAUAAAUCAUUCUCUGAAAUUUCACCGGUUCUUCAAUUUGCCAACUUUACUUGCAACCAAGCAAUCCUUGAAUCUGUAGAAGGCUUUAAUCGUGUCCAUGUUAUUGAUUUUGAUAUUGGCUAUGGUGGGCAAUGGGCCUCUUUCAUGCAAGAGGUAGCUUUGAGAAAUGGUGGUUCGCCCCCUUCUUUGAAAAUCACUGCAUUUGUAUGCUCUUCGAUGCACGAUGAAUUUGAUCUGGCUUUCACUCAAGAAAACCUCAAGAACUUUGCUCGUGAGCUCAAUUUGGCAUUUGAACUUGAAAUUGUAAGCAUUGAGGUAUUAAACUCUGGUUCUUGGCCUACACCACUUCAUGGCUCAGAGGGUGUGGCAGUGGCUGUCAAUCUCCCAAUUGGUUCCUUCUCGAAUUCUCCGUUAUCACUUCCUUUGGUACUGCACUUUGUUAAGCAGCUUGCUCCCAAAAUUGUGGUAUCCUUGGAAAGGGGCAGUGAUCGGCCUGAUAUUCCAUUUCCCCACCAAAUCAUUCAAGCGCUGCACUCUUACUCAAGCCUUCUUGAAUCACUAGAUGCUGUAAAUGCAAACCUAGAUGCUCUGCAAAAGAUUGAGAGGUACUUGCUCCAACCAAGCAUCGAAAAGAUUGUAAUGGGUCGCCAUCUUUCUCCUAAAAGGACACCGACACCUUCUUGGAGGACUCUGUUUUUGUCAUCUGGGUUAUCCCCAUUGACAUUCAGCAAUUUCACUGAAUCCCAAGCUGAGUGCUUGGUUCAACGGACUCCGGUUGGGGGUUUCCAUGUUGAGAAGAGACAGUCUUCACUUGUUCUCUGUUGGCAGAGGAAGGAUCUUGUGUCGGCCUCAGCGUGGCGGUGCUGAAGGACCAGCAUUUUGACCUCGGUUCUACCUUUAGUUUUCCGUCUCCAAGGUGCUUCGUAACUUACUGCUAGUUUCGGAUCCUUAUGAGUUUUCUUGCUUCUAUGCUAAUUGUCUAUGGUGCUGUAGGCCUAUUUGUUUCUAAUGAAGAAACCAGACAUUCAAAAGUAACUCAAUGGCUUUGUACAGUUUUUUUUUCUUGGCAUUUCUAGUUUAUAACUUGAAUUUCAGUAUUUCUAUGGUUGCUGUUUGUCAGAGCUAGAUUGUGAAUGUUUGUUGUACACCAUCUAACUAAGAAACUUAUGUUUAACUGA